CGAGUGACGCUAAGGGCCCGUUGUCUGUGUGUGGGGCUAGGGGCCCCGGGGCGGCGGGGGCUCCCGGCGGGGGCGACGGUGUGUCGGGAGGGCCUGGACAUGGCGCUGAGGGGCUGCCCCGCGGGAAGAUGAAUAAGGGCUGGCUGGAGCUGGAGAGCGACCCUGGCCUCUUCACCCUCCUGGUGGAAGAUUUCGGUGUCAAAGGUGUGCAGGUGGAGGAGAUCUAUGAUCUUCAGAGCAAAUGCCAGGGCCCCGUGUACGGGUUCAUCUUCCUGUUCAAAUGGAUCGAAGAGCGCCGGUCUCGUCGCAAGGUCUCUACCUUGGUGGAUGACACAUCUGUGAUUGAUGACGAUAUUGUGAAUAACAUGUUCUUUGCCCACCAGCUGAUCCCCAACUCUUGUGCCACUCAUGCCCUGCUGAGCGUGCUCCUGAACUGCAGCAGUGUGGACCUGGGGCCUACCCUGAGUCGCAUGAAGGACUUCACCAAAGGCUUCAGCCCUGAGAGUAAAGGAUAUGCGAUUGGUAAUGCCCCGGAGUUGGCCAAGGCACAUAACAGCCAUGCCAGGCCUGAACCACGCCACCUCCCUGAGAAGCAGAACGGGCUGAGCGCAGUGCGAACCAUGGAGGCAUUCCACUUCGUCAGCUAUGUGCCCAUCACAGGCCGGCUCUUUGAGCUGGAUGGGCUGAAGGUCUACCCCAUUGAUCACGGGCCCUGGGGGGAGGAUGAGGAGUGGACAGACAAGGCCCGGAGGGUCAUCAUGGAGCGUAUUGGCCUCGCCACUGCAGGGGAGCCCUACCACGACAUUCGCUUCAACCUGAUGGCAGUGGUGCCUGACCGCAGAAUCAAGUAUGAGGCCAGGCUGCACGUGCUGAAGGUGAACCGGCAGACCGUGCUGGAGGCGCUGCAGCAGCUGAUAAGGGUAACACAGCCAGAGCUGAUUCAGACCCACAAGUCUCAAGAGUCACAGCUGCCUGACGAGUCCAAACCCGCCAGCAGCAAGUCCCCCCUGGCACUGGAGACAGCCAGGGCCCCGGCGGCUUCUGAGGGCACCCACACAGAUGGGGUGGAGGAGGUGGCUGGUGCGUGUCCACAAGCCCCGACACACAGCCCUCCUGGAAAGCCCAAGCUGGUGGUGAAGCCUCCCGGGAGCAGCCUCAAUGGGGUUCCCCCCAGCCCCUCUCCCAUUGUCCAGCGGCUGCCGGCCUUCCUGGACAAUCACAACUAUGCCAAGUCCCCCAUGCAGGAGGAGGAAGACCUGGCAGCAGGUGUGGGCCGCAGCCGAGUUCCAGUGCGCCCACCCCAGCAGUACUCCGAUGACGAGGAUGACUAUGAGGAUGACGAGGACGAUGACGUGCAGAGCACCACCUCUGCCGUCAGGUACAAGCGGAAGGGGCCAGGGAAGCCAGGAUCAUUGAGUGGCUCUGGGGAUGGGCAGCUGUCAGUGCUUCAGCCCAACACCAUCAACGUCUUGGCCGAGAAGCUCAAAGAGUCCCAGAAAGACCUCUCAACUCCUCUGUCCAUCAAGACAGGCAGCGGGGCCGGGAGUCCAGCGGUGGCCAUGCCAAUGCACUCGCAGCCCUCGCCCACCCCCAGCAAUGAGAGCACAGACACCGCCUCCGAGAUCGGCAGCGCUUUCAACUCGCCGCUGCGCUCGCCCAUCCGCUCAGCCAACCCGACGCGGCCCUCCAGCCCCGUUACCUCCCACAUCUCCAAGGUGCUUUUUGGAGAGGAUGACAGCCUGCUGCGUGUUGACUGCAUACGCUACAACCGCGCUGUACGCGACCUGGGGCCUGUCAUCAGCACAGGCCUGCUGCACCUAGCUGAGGACGGGGUGCUGAGUCCCCUGGCAUUGACAGAGGGUGGGAAGGGUUCCUCGCCCUCCGUUAGACCGAACCAAGGCAACCAGGUGUCCAGCGGCCUGGAGGAGAAGGAGGUAGUGGAAGCUGUGGAUGGCAGAGAGAAGUCUGGGCUGGUCAGGCCCUGUGAACCCUCAAAUGGGGAGAAGUACUCACCCAAGGAGCUGCUGGCGCUGUUGAAGUGUGUGGAGGCUGAGAUUGCAAACUAUGAGGCCUGCCUCAAGGAGGAGGUGGAGAAGAGGAAGAAAUUCAAGGUCGACGACCAGCGGAGGACCCACAACUAUGAUGAGUUCAUUUGCACCUUCAUCUCCAUGCUGGCUCAGGAAGGCAUGCUGGCCAACCUGGUAGAGCAGAACAUCUCGGUGCGACGGCGCCAAGGGGUCAGCAUUGGCCGGCUCCACAAGCAGCGGAAGCCUGACCGGCGGAAACGCUCACGCCCGUACAAGGCCAAGCGCCAGUGAGGGCUGCCGACCCUGACUGCGGCCGCUCUUGCCGCAUGGCCCUCAGUAGGGCCCCCCUCUGUCCCACUCCUCUUUCCCAGUGUUACUGAACAGCUCCAGCCACAGAGCCCAGGCCUGGGAGCCAGGCCAGAGUCCCUGCUCCGGGAAUUGUGCCUGGGGCCAGGUGGAGCCGGGCAGUGGGCUCUGGGGCAGCAGCUGGAGCUGGUGCACGGUGAGGUGCCAUGGCCUCCUCCACAGCCGGCUGUGGAGCAGCGGGACCUGGCCUCUCCCCUAGGCACAGAAUAUAUAUUUUACCUACAGAGACGUCUAUUUUUCUGGGCUCUAACACAUCUUGCCACCGCUGUGUUGACAUAGCCAGCUUCCUGACUGCCUUCACUCUAACAGCUGUCAUCCUGGUGGGCCCAGGUCCCUGCUUCGUGCAGGGAUCAUGACUGCAGGGUCACAGUUGGGGGUUGGGGUAGGCAUUGGGCUCUGCUGCCCUGGCCCAGCCACCACUGGUCCCAGUUGUGAGCGAGUCGGGUGUGCUGUCCAUCCUCCUGGGAGAGCUCCAAACUCAGGCCUGGUGCUGGGCUGGGUUGGGAGUGGGUACCCCAGUGGAUAGUUGAGGGGUCCCGUGGUCUGAGUGAAGUGUUUGGUGGCCCUGUAGUCUCCCUUGUGGCUCCAGCUGGGCUUAUCAAGACUGCUGUCUGCGAUGAAGCUCUGGGCUCUGCCUUCAGUGUUGUGGCCCUGGCAGGGGGCCUGCCUUGGGCUCCUGGGCUGUCCCUGAAGCCUGGGGCUCAGAGGAGCCUCUGCCCAGCCCCUCAGUAUUACCAUGUCUCCUUGUGGGGAUAGCAGAGACAGGGCUGCUUGCAGGAAGCUGGCCCCACUCAGCUCCCCCUGCCAUGUCAGCUUCCCCAGCCUCUCCAGGCACUUGGGGGACAACAGGACCAAGACAACCAGUUGGAGCCCCAGUGUUCCCAGAGGGCCUGAUGCCAAAGGGUAAUGGGCCCAGCACUGCCUCUGGAGCUCUGGCCCCAAGCACAACCCUGUGGCCUCUGCCAGAUGGCUCUGAAGGUGAUCUAAGGAGACCCAAUACCUGUACAUAGCAACUAGGGCGGGGGAAGGCUGGCAGGCACCCUGCCUCUGUGCCAAGCAUAGCUUGGCCCCUCUGGCCCCUGUAAAUACUGGAUCAGUGAAUGAAUAAAAUUCUCCUAAAAACUGA